AUGAAGACCCCCCUCGCCCUCCUCGCAUUGGCGUCUUUGCCAUCCGCUUUCGCCCUGAACAUCCCAUCUCAGCAGAUCCUCGUCCCCGAAGCGGAGCUAUCCUCCGCACGAGAGUCAUGUCCCCAGGCAGAAAAGGUCGCUGUACCGAAUGACGGAUUGCACCCGGCAUCGAACUUCCUCGAGGAUGGUGUGUUUCGGGCCCGUCAGGCGAAAAGACUCUCGCGGGCUGUGCAGAUCCCUACGACUGUUGGAGACUAUUCGACCGAUCCGUACGAUGAAGCAUUUGAGCCGGUGGUGGAAUUCCAGAAAUUGCUCGAGGAGCUUUUUCCUCUAGUACACUCCCACGCCGAGAUCGACCAUAUCAACCGGCUCGGGCUGGUCUUCACUUUCCAGGGCCAAGACACCAGCAUCAAGCCAAUUAUUUUCAUGGCUCAUCAGGAUGUGGUCCCGAUUGACGACCCGGCUGACUGGACACACCCUCCCUUCGAUGGAGUCUUCGAUGGCGAAUGGAUCUGGGGUCGAGGUUCCAGCGACUGCAAAAACGUUCUCAUUGGGCUGAUGUCCACAAUGGAGGAUCUCCUCUCGCAAAAUUGGCGUCCGCAGCGCACCAUUCUCUUUGCCUUUGGAUUUGACGAAGAGGCUGGCGGCUGGCUGGGCGCGGCAUCAAUCGCCCCCGUUCUCGAGCAGAAGUAUGGCAAGGGAAGCAUAGAGUUCAUCUUGGAUGAAGGGGGUAUGGGUCUGCAGAGUCUUGGUGCUGCCGACUAUGAGUCGGGCGAGGCGGAAGUUCUGUAUGCCCUGCCAGGGGUAGGUGAAAAGGGAGCGCUGACUCUUGUGAUUGACCUGGCGGUACCUGGCGGCCACAGCUCCAUCCCGCCUGCGCACACGGGUAUCGGGAUUAUGGCAGAGAUCAUAUACGAGCUGGAGCGCCAGGAUCUGUUCACAGCCUGGCUGGAUGAGACCCAUCCCUCGUUUGGGAUGCUCGAGUGUCAGGCGCGGUACUCACCCGAGUAUGUCGAGUCGUGGCUGGCGAGUAAGCUGGCUGCAGACGAUCCUGCCGCUCUGGCCGAGGCUGUCGCCCAGUCCCGAGGCCCUGCAGUCCGAUACACUCUCCAGUCAUCCCAGGCAGCAGAUCUGAUCCACGGCGGCGUCAAGAGCAAUGCUCUUCCCGAGAAGAUCUCCGCGACGGUCAACUACCGCGUAGCGCUUCACCAGACGCCCGAUCUCAUUCUCGAGCGUGCAGUGCGCAUCAUAACUCCCAUCGCCGAGCGCCACAAUGUCUCGCUGGCGGUUGAUUUCCCUGGUAUCGCCGCCAGAAACACCAACGUGCUUGCAGGCGGGGAAGACCGUAAUCUCACCCUGUCGCCCCUCAGUGGUCCCUUGGUUCCUGCCCCUAUCUCGCCGACAAACCCCCUCACCUCCAAGACCUGGGCCCGCUUCUCUGGUGUCGCACGCAGUGUCUUUGAGUCGCAUCCCAACCCUCUGCUCAAGUCAGAGGGCAGAUCCCCCCCCUCGAAUACCCCAACUGUUGUCGUGUCGGGUGAUAUCAUGACUGGAAACACCGACACGCGGUUCUACUGGUCCCUGACGGAGAACAUUUACCGGUGGAGUCCGUCGCGCGUAGGUGGAACGUUUAAUAUCCACACGGUCGAUGAGCGGAUUCGGUUGGAUGUGCACUUGGAGGCUAUGAUGUUUUAUUACGAUCUGAUUCGCUCGUUCGAUGGAUGGAAUGGAAGCACCGAGUAA